ACGCGAGAGCGAAACCCAACAAGCAGAAAAGGCGUAAAAGAGGAAAAAACCUCCCUCACUCUCUUUUUCAAUUCCCCUUACUCUUUUCUCUCUGUCUAAUCCAAUAUCUCUCACAUCCAUUUAAUCCGGUCUGUAUCGACCUCUCUCUCUUUCUGCAAAUCAGGGGCGUUUAACGACCAGCGUAUUUGAAACCCUAGCCUCUUGGAACUCCUUUCUGCUCCAUUUGGACACUGAAAUGGAAGAGGAAACCCUUGGCCACUCUAUACAGAAAUCAAAGCGAGCUUGACGCCAUUUGAACUGAGAUUCGACAAGAUAAGGAGGGGUUCUGGUUUCCUGGUUCUUGAACUGAGAUUCGAUUGUACCUUGUUCGAUCUGUGAAUGGAUUCGCGAGAUUCAUCGUCGUCGGCUGCGGCUGCAAGUAGAGAUGGCUCCCCGGCGGAUGAAGAUGGCCUUCUAUCCGUCACGGCCGGGCUCGCUAAGGAAGCUGCUUUGUUGUUUCAAUCGCGGAGGUUUACGGAAUGCAUCGAUGUGUUGAAACAACUGCUGCAGAAGAAGGAAGACGAUCCAAAGGUUCUUCAUAAUAUUGCUGUUGCAGAGUACUUUCAGGAAGGUUGUUUUGAUCCAAGGAAGUUACUUGAAGUUCUCAAUAAGGUUAAGAAGAGGAGUGAAGAGCUUGUCCGUGCAUCUGGCGAACAGAUAGACACUCUUAGCAGUCUUGGAAAUAAUGUCAGUUCAGGAUCAAAAGGAAGUGUUACGUCACCACAUCAGUUCUCUUCUGCAAAUAGUACCAGUAUUGCCUAUGCAGAUGAAUUUGACACUUCUGUUGCAACACUGAACAUUGCGGUCAUCUUGUUCCAUCUUCAUGAAUAUGCAAAUGCAUUAUCGGUUCUAGAAUCACUGUAUCAAAAUAUAGAGCCCAUAGAUGAGACAACAGCUCUUCACAUAUGCCUUUUGUUAUUGGAUGUUGCACUGGCUUCCAAUGAUGCAUCAAAAGCUGCAGACGUUAUUCUGUAUAUUGGAAAAGCUUUCGGUUUUAGUUAUAUUAGUCAAGGUGACAAUGGAAACACUACACAUCAACCUCCAAAUCCAGUAACGAAGACUUCAUCUACACUAAGCAAUUCAACUGCUCCAGAUGCAUCUGCUUCAGAUUCAGCUGCCAAUGUAAAUGCUUCAGAAAACCCUUUAGCGAGAACCUUAUCAGAUGAGGCACUUGACUAUGAAUCUCUUCUGUCAACACUAGAUAUUGGUGGGCAGAACAUACCUAGGACAGCUGGCCUCCCAUCUUCAAAUGAUUUAUCGAGAAACUCAGCUGAUCGGCCUGCUCCUGCUGUUGAUUUGAAGUUGAAGCUGCAUCUCUACAAGGUUCGACUUCUGCUUCUCGCAAGGAACCUGAAGGCAGCAAAGCGUGAAGUUAAGCUAGCUAUGAACAUAGCACGUGGUAGAGAUUCUUCCACAGCAUUGCUUUUGAAAUCUCAGCUAGAAUUUGCUCGUGGUAAUCAUCGUAAAGCAAUCAAGCUCUUGAUGACAUCAAAUAAUAGGACAGAAUCAGGGAUGCCAAGCAUAUUCAACAACAAUCUUGGGUGCAUCUACCAUCAACUAAAGAAGGACCACACAGCAACUAUAUUUUUUUCCAGGGCACUGAAGAGUAGUUCAGCACUGCGGUCGGAGAAGCCUCUUAAGCUUUCAACUUUCUCACAGGAUAAAUCCCUCCUUAUUCUGUACAACUGUGGGCUCCAGUACUUAGCCUGUGGCAAACCUUUGGUUGCUGCUCACUGUUUCCAGAAGGCCAGUUUAGUUUUCCACAAGCGGCCCCUUGUAUGGCUCCGGAUUGCUGAAUGUUGUUUACUGGCACUUGAAAAAGGACUUUUGAGAUCCAAUGGGAUUAAUGGUGAAGUUAGACUGCAUGUUGUUGGAAAAGGGAAAUGGAGACAACUAGUUCUGGAAGAUGGGAGCUCAAGAAGUAGGCAUUUGGAUUCUGUGGAAGAGGAUGAUGGGUUGUUGGGUGGUGACAGCCAACAAAAGCUCUCAAUGCCAUUUGCUCGACAAUGUCUUCAUAAUGCUCUUCAUUUAUUAAAUGGAUUUGAAUUAAGGCAACCCAAGGCUGAUUUGUCAAACUCAUCCUUGGAGGAAGACGAGUCAAACCAAUCACUGAAGAGCUCAAACCACAAGAAUUUAUCAGUUGGGGAUUCAAAAACAUCUAAUGCUACAGUAAUUUCUGCAUCGGCUAAUGUGAAUGGGGAAGUAAAAGAAUCAAAGGGGGGAGCAAGUUCGAAUACCACCCUACAGAGUUCAGUCUCUGCUUACCAAGAUAUAUACAGAAGAGAGAACAACAUGAUUAAGCAAGCUAUUCUAGCAGACCUGGCAUAUGUGGAGUUGAGCUUGGAAAACCCUUUGAAAGCACUAUCUGCUGCCAAGUCUCUUUUGAGGCUUCCAGAAUGUUCAAGGAUUUACAUUUUUCUAGGCCAUGUAUAUGCGGCUGAGGCAUUGUGCCGCUUGAAUCGGGCAAAAGAAGCAGCCGAACAUUUGUCUGUCUACAUUAUAGAUGGAAACGUUGAGUUGCCAUACAGUGAAGAGGACAGAGAAAAGUGGCGAGUUGAGAAGAGUGGAGAUGGUGAGGACUCCAAUGGUGGUUCGGUGGCUUCCAAUAACCUGCCCGUGGAAGAGUCUCAAGGUAUUGUGUUCCUCAAGCCAGAAGAGGCACGUGGGACCCUUUAUGUAAAUUUUGCCACCGUGUCUGCUAUCCAAGGCAAUCUUGAUCAGGCCUACCACUUUGCAACCAAAGCGCUAGCUACAUUACCCAACAAUCCAAGAGCUAUUCUCACUGCUGCUUAUGUCGAUCUCCUGCAAGGGAAGUCGCAAGAAGCUCUUGUGAAGUUGAAACAGUGCAGUCAUGUUAGAUUUGUCCCAGCAGUGUAACAUGAAGAGAUUACCCUGAUGGCUGUAUCGGUGGCCUUAAUUGAUUAGUGUCCAGCCAGCACCCUGUGCAAAUUAGCAGGUUGACAGAGAAUCUUCUUCUAGGGUAUCUGUAACAUAUAUGUGAUGAGUCGUAGAAUAAGCUUUUUUCCAUGUUUAGGGUUUGGUGGCAUGGCACUUGUUUUGUUAGCGCAGAUGCCCCCCUUUCAGAUUCAAGUGUAGUUGGCCUUACUCAGAUUACUGUGUUAAGUGGCUAAUCCAGUUGGCAUUCAACAAGGAAUGUGGGGAGAGAGAUUGUUUGCUCUCCUCGAAAUGUUAAGGAAAAAUUCUUUCAUUCUGGAAAGCAAUGCAAAUCCAAGUGUAAUUCCAUUCGAGAA